AUAAUAUCUGAGUUCAUAAUUUUUUGGAAUUUCUCAUCAAAAUUACCGAAAUGAAAUCUAUAAUAAUUUUUGCAACUUUAAUUUCACUGGUAAUGUCUCGAUCAUUAAGUCUUGGAGAAGAACCAAAAUGUGAACAUGAAUAUGAAAUUGGAUCUCUAUGGCCAGAUUCAAAUAGUGAAGAGCAUUAUUAUGAAUGUGUGGCUAUAAAAAAAUCAAUUCGAUUAAAGUGUCCAGAGAAUAAAUUAUUUGAUUAUGUCCAACAAAAAUGUGUACAUCCAGAUGAUAGAACACCAACAACAACUCCUGUAACAACAACAAGCACAACUGAAUGUGAUACAUCACCUUGGGUAUCAUCAUCGACCACAACUGCUGGACCAAUUUAACCACAAUAUAAAAGUGUAUUAAUAAAAAUAUGUUUAAAUUAAAUUUUAAGUUUUUAAAAUG